AUGGAGGGAAAGGAAGCUCAGAUGCUCGAUUUCAUCGGUCCAGCCCAACGAAUGCAAAAUGUAUCGACCGACCAUGUGCCAGUGGAACCUCUCUCUGAGCUGCCUGAGCCGGCUCAGCAGGUGCAGCCUCGCAGCAAAUUUCGCAUCAUUAUGAUUCUGACUGCCCUCUAUCUCUCGCUGUUCGUGGCUGCUCUCGAUGCCACCAUCGUUGCCACUGCCGUCCCUAAAAUUACUGCUGAGUUGCACUCGGCAGCUGGAUACAUCUGGAUAGGCGGUGCCUAUCUCAUCGCCAAUGCUGCAGCUGCUCCUAUCUGGGUCAAAUUCUCUGAUAUUUGGGGGCGCAAGCCGAUCUUUCUCAUCGCAGUGGUUGUAUUCUUCGCCAGCUCUGUGGUCUGUGCGACAGCCGUGGACAUGCAGAUGCUCAUUGUCGGUCGCAGUAUUCAGGGUGCUGCGGGGGGCGGUCUUAUUUGCAUGGUCAAUGUCGGUAUUUCCGAUCUCUUCAGUGUCCGCGAGAGGAGUUUGUGGCUCGGUCUGUGCGAAGGGAUCUGGGCUCUGAGCGGAGCCGUAGGGCCUCUCUUGGGAGGUGCCUUUGCCCAGAAAGUCAGCUGGCGAUGGUGCUUCUACUGCAACCUGCCCAUCGCCGGGACGGCUUUCAUGCUGCUUGUGCCCUUCCUCAAUGUCCACAAUCCUCGAACACCAGUCUUGGAUGGGGUAAAAGCUAUUGACUGGUUUGGCUGCGUCUCAAUUCUUGGUGUAACGGUGAUGCUGCUCUUGGGCCUUGACCUGGGUGGAUCUGUGUAUCCAUGGGGUUCAGCAAAAGUCAUCUGCCUCAUCGUAUUCGGCGCAUUAAUGGUUCUUGUCUUUAUUUACAGCGAAAAGAAAUUGGCGAAAUACCCGGUGAUUCCGCUGUCUCUUUUCGGUACCAGGAAUAUCGCGACGAUGCUCGUGACAUUUGCUCACGGAAUGGUCUUCAUUGCUGCCGAAUACUACUUGCCCCUGUAUUUCCAAAGUGUCAAAGAAGCUUCACCCCUUCGAUCAGGCGUUCUCUUGGUACCGCUCAUUGUCGCCACGGCAGCCACCGGAGUUCUCAAUGGCGUGAUCAUACAUCGUACAGGCCAAUAUAGACCCUCCAUGUGGAUUGGAACUAUCCUAUUGACUCUGGGCACUGGCCUCUUUAUUUCAAUGAACGCACACACCUCGACCGGCACAAUAAUCGGGUUUGAGAUCAUCGAAGGUAUUGGUUCGGGUCUGCUAUUUGAACCUCCUCUCAUCGCAAUUCAGCAGGGGGUUCACCAAGAUAAUGUCGGCACUGCGACUUCGACACAAGCCUUCAUCAGAAGCCUGGCACUCUCGCUAGGCGUCAUUCUAGGCGGCAUUGUGUUCCAGCAAAGCAUGGAUCUUCGACGCUCGACACUCCAACAGAUGGGACUGCCUCCUUCGGUUGUGGAAGAACUUUCGGGCAAAAAUGCCGGCGCCAACGUCAUGGUGGCACAUACUCUUCCUCCCGCGCAAGAACUUGCAGUCAAGGAAGCGUUUGCUUGGAGCAUAAGAAACAUGUUCAUCAUGUUCACUUGCCUCGGUGCUCUUGGUGUUCUUGCGAGCUGCUUCGUCGUGAAGACAAAGCUCUCGAAGGAGCACAGGGAGACUAUAACUGGUCUUAAGAAAGAGGAACCUAGGCCGUAA